CUGAGUAGCGAAAUCGUGACAGUGGAUCGGAUCUCUGGCUGGCGAGAAGCACAAGCUAGAAAACGAAACAUGCAAAGCCAGUGGGCAGAUGGCAGACCCGUGAUAUCCGUCUUAGCCAAUACCGGGCAUGUUCACUGCUGCUGCUCGGCUCUUCCCUUCCCCAAAACGUCUCUUCAAAACCGCAAUGGCUUUUCGUUCCAGUGUGGACACUCGAUCCACCGCCAACUGCUCGGCCGUUCCAUCACUGCUGUGCGGUAGCGGAUGUAGAGGAUACACAUGGCGACUGCAUCUGUUGAUUUGUUUGUACUUGGGCCAAGGUGAUUCGCGCGAACGCUGUGUGCAUCAAGAAUACUUGGGUGGUGAAAGGGAGGCUAGGCCUAAAGAAGGCCAUUACCGAGUCGAGAUUGUGGCUCGACAAUGCAGUGAAAAGAUUGCAGGAUGAAGGCGAACUAGAGGGUGGCAACGUACAGCGGAGACAAAGCAAGACGCGUAGCGAGUAGUUGGACGAACCGCAGUGAGGGUAUCUACAAGAU